AUGUCUGAUCCAUUUGAAGAUAAUAUCGAAUCUGUCGAGGUUCAUGAGGAGAUCAUUGAGGGAGACUACGUACCGACAGAGGAAGGUGAGACUAUCACUUUCGAAACUGUGUCUGAUGGCAACAACAACAACGCAUGGUCACAACAGCAGGAUCAUAGCAUGUCAUCACCAUCUGGCUCAGCAAACAAUUAUGACUCUAAGCCCAAGACUGUUGAGGUCCCAGCUGCUGUUAGAGAGUUCAACGAGAAGCAUGACAAGGCAUUGGCAGAGAAGAAGAGAGUGUCGGAUGAGAAGAGAAGAAAGAAGCUAGAGGAUGCUCAGAAGUCAUUGGACAACUUCUACGCUGAGCGUGAGUCAAAGAAGAAGACAGCACUCAAGAACAACAGAGACCACAACAAGACAUUGGAGAAUGACAACAUUGCUGCAUCUGCUGGCAAGGAUGACUCUUGGGAGGCUGUUGUCUCUAUGAUUGACCUCACCGCCAAGCCAACCUCUGCCUCAUCGGCCGCUGCAGGAUCAUCAUCUUCUUCGGAGAAGAAGGACAAGAAUGUACCACCACCCAGCAAAGAUACUACCAGAAUGAGAGAGGUACUCCUCCGUUUGAAGAACAAGCCAGUCCACUAG